AUGGCGUGUGCUACCUCAAGUAUGAGAAGAGACAUUCGUUUCCUUUGCCUGGUGGAGUUUCUGGUGUUCUAUCGGUGGUGCCUCCGACCAGCAAGCCAACCCCAGCACCUACUGCCAAGCCAACACCUGCACCUACUGCCAAGCCAACCCCUGCACCUACUACCGCACCUACCUUAUCCCCUACUUCGGCACCCACAUCGGCUCCAACUCACGCUCCCACGGACGCGCCGACGUCGGCACCGACGAGUGCCCCUACUGUCGCACCGACGUCUGCACCCACAUCGGCUCCAACUCACGCUCCCACGGACGCGCCGACGUCGGCACCGACGAGUGCCCCUACCGACGCACCGACGUCUGCACCCACAUCGGCUCCAACUGACGCUCCCACGGACGCGCCGACGUCGGCACCGACGAGUGCCCCUACCGACGCACCAACCUCCGCACCUACUGUAGCCCCAACGACUGGGCCAACACUAGCUCCGAACCCAUCCUCGACUGUUUCGCCGACCCCCGUACCCACUGCUUCUGUACCAUUGGCCGAAAACUUUUACAUCCACCACGAUGGG